AUGCCUAGGCCCCCAGCAGGACUGGAUCAGUUUAACUGUAUCCGUUGGCCCUGCAGCCAGUCUGCAGGAGGUGAAAUCGGAGCAGCCUGAUUUCAUCCCCUCCCUCAAGUGGUACAUGGCUCCAUCUUGAAAAAUAGAUUAUCUUUCUCUUUUGAAUUGGAGCUCAGAUUGUUUGAAUGACUCAAAUUCUUGCUCUACCCGGCAAGCCCUUUUAGCCCUGCUUUCUGCUUUGAAGUGAUUGCUGUAAUUGUCCCAGGUACAGCUAACUGUGUUCUAUUCCCAAAGUAUUGGAAAUGUGCAGCUGUUGCGGCUAAUUGGAGUGGGCCCAGAGCCUGUGUGCAGGGGGCAAGUCGAGGCUAAGUGGCAGUCAGUCACCAAAAACUGCGCACAGUGCAGCGAUUUUGCUGAGGGUGGUAUGGUGUUGUAUGAUGCUAUUGUGAACAGUCCCUCAUUGAUCAGUAGGUGUUAGGUAGUGACACAUGGGGUGAAAGUUGAUGUUAAUGCAGCCCUCUUGCUGAUUUCUCCCAUGCAACUGCUAGUGCCGUGAAUCAUUGUGUCAUGUGAUUUUUUCCCCUCAUCUUGCGGACAGUGCAGGAAACCAAAAUACUGGCUACUUAGCCUAACGUUAUUAUUACUACCUCAGUUGUCUUGUUGAUUCGUUGAUCCUACCAGAUUAUUUCACCCCUAUGGAGGAGCACGUUUUUUUUUGUGUUGUCUCAGUGUGGAUUUCUUUUAGCCCAUCAUCAGACUAUGAACGACCGUUUAAUCAAACGGUAGCAGCUCAGGGCCAGAGGGAUCAACCACCUGUCACUACUCAAGAGCAGAAGGAAAAAAAUACUUUCAUUUUGAUUCCCCUUUUAUGAGAAAAGUGGUGCUUGACAAAGGCUAUUGUGCUCUCUGAGAGAGCUAAAGUACACAUAAUCCUUCAUUACUCAUCUGCAACAGUGCAAAAUAAGAGGUGCGUCUGUCACUGGAUGCCUUGUUCCUGACAGAAAGGCUAUGUGACGCUGGCUUCUGCGUCUGUAUGACUCACACUAAACGCCUCUCCCCUCUGGAGCCCUCACUCACUCAUUGAUCCCAAGGAUGUUGGCAGCAGAUAAUGGCCACAACGACCUCUCCUAUAUGACUCAAUCUGUCCCUGGAGUAUGAUUGAAUAGGCUACCACAAGUAUUCAUUUCAUCUAGUUUAGCCUACAUCUAGGAGCAUUUUUUUGCUACACCUACGUCCUGCAAGUACCAGAGCUGUGAAAUACCUCCAGUUAGGCCUAUAGCUUAUCCCACAGUAGAAUGAUGGAACUGCCUGAGCAGUGAUUCUUCCACAUUUAGAUAGCCUACUGGGAAAAACCCCAGGCAGGGAUGUAAUGUUCCAAAAAUAACAAUGUUAAUUUCUGUUUUCAGGACAGACUUGUUAGCUAAUCUGACAUUGAGAACAGUGGCAAAGCAAUACAUUUGCACUCAAAUUAAGGUUGUUCAUCAAUGUUCUUCAGAUGGCUACAAAUUGUUUACUUUUCUAAAAGCUGGGUAGGAAAUGAACAACCAUGCUACAAAGACUGUCAAAAUGUUAUUUCCUAUUUCACAUGUAAUUGUUCUUACAGCGAAAAGUAAAUAAACCUUUAAAUGAAUCACUGUUUUCUAGAUAAUAAAGUCUAAGCCAGUUACAGAUCAGUAGUGUUGUUAGUGUCUUUUCAGAAUUGCUUAUUCUCCCUGCCUUCCAUUUUGAUGUUAUUUGCGUUGGAGUGACCCCAGCCUUCAGAGCACAUUUGUAUCAAAAUGGUAAGAGCAGCGUGAAUGCGCUGCAGGUCCUGAACGUCUUUCUUGGGGCCAGGUUGUCUGCAGCAGCAGUGGCUGUGUCUGCUGCUGUCUGCAGUGUACAUCCCCCCCCCUCCUCCUCUCUGGACCAGCAGGUCCUGUUCAGACAGACCGAGAGAGGGCUAGAAAAUUAUGAUAUUGAUGACUAAUCCUGGAAGGUAGCGAGCGUGAGCAGGUGCGCAGACAAUGCGGGCAGGUGGGCGCGGUGGCGUUCUCCCUGAGUUCCCAGGUCCCCCUGGGUCUGAGAGCGCAGCGACUCAUCUGGGCUGAGUCGUGUGUGUGUGUGUGUGUGUGUGUGUGUGUGUGUGUGUGUGUGUGUGUGGAGAAAUGCAGACCCUGUCCCAUGAAUAGAGGAGCCAAAUCAGCGACGAUGCGCUUACAAAGACCUCUUGUUGAGCACAGAGUGCAUCACUGGCCAGAUUUGUCUUCCACAAUAGGGCAGAUGAAAUAAGGAGGAGAAUGUGGGAUUUAUUUUUAUUUUCUCCUCUGUCCCCCCCUCCUCCAACCCCCCCCCCUCGUCUGUUCCUGGUGGGUGGAUGGAUGGAUGGCUGAACGUGAAAGGGAAGGGUCAGGUAUUUGACCUUGCCCUUUCGUGCUUGCGGAAGAGAACGCAGUUGUCUUAAUUGCAGCAUCCCCCUUUUCAUUUCAGUUGGUCACUGUGAGGAUGUGUGUGUUUGUUUGUCUCCAGUUGUUAUUUUUCAUUUGAUGAAAUGGCCAUGUUUCUAUUAACUCAAUAAAGUGUCCACACCAAAAAGACCCAGAUGAGAAGACUUUGCCUCUCCAUCCUACUCUAUUAUGCCUGCCUUUGGUCUCAGAUGGAAACGGUCAGUGUGACCUGACCAAUAUGAAUGCACAUUUUUGUAGGACCUGGCAGCAGUUUUUACUGGAUAAAGUUUUUUCUCUCGGAUGUCAAUAUAUUUGAGUAGCCCCCAAGCUGGGCUCUGAAGCUGAUGAAUGACAAUCAAGUGUUAGGCUAGCCUACAUGUUAGUGAUGGGGGGGAUCGAUACAGUUACAAAUCGCAUAAUUAUUUUGGGCCGAUAUUAUGUUGAUAUUUGACUCCCAAUUAUUGUUUUGUGUAAAAAAAUAAAAUCAACAAGUUAGCACCAGAAAGACCGUAUUUUUCAUCCUAUAGCUUAUUCUCUCUUCUUUUUAAAUAGUGAGCCAACAUGUUUUCAGCACUUAUUUCCUUGACUGAUCAAAACUCGUAUUCUCAUGCUUUCUCUUGUCUCUCUGAAGCAGACAUAUAGUGAGCAAUAUGUUUGGAACCUCAAAUUGCAAUAAAAUGUCAGUAUCGAAUCGCAGUCGCGAGAAUCGCAAUACAUAAUUGUAUCGGCACCUAAGUAUUGUGAUAAUAUGGUAUCGUGAGGUCCCUAGCAAUUCCCAGACCUACUAAAUGUAACGGUCACUAUUUGUGGGGUCCCCCCCGCCCAAUUUAAGAAGCUCCAUUGAACAGCAAUAAUGACCCCUAACAGGCAUGCUUGGCUCUCUUUGUGCACAGCAGCUCUAGUGCCAUUCUGCCUAUUUAUGUUCUAGAGCUGGAUAUUAAAUCCACCCAGCCAGGCCUAUCAGCUCUGCAGACGUCACACUGGCUACCGUCACAUGACUUUUAGAACUACACAAGACGACAAUACAUUGACCUACAUUCUGCAUAAUUUAAUGAUAGAUCACCAGAGGGUCAUAUUUCUCAUAAUAACCUAGUAUAUUUAGCUAGAUAAAUGUGUUAAAUUAUGAUAAACAUGAUUAGUUGUUUUCCAUGACAUUGUGGGUCUGUAAGCACACACAGUGCCGUCAGUCGGAGGAUCCCCAGUCACAUCCUUUUCCUAAAAACAUCCCCGUCUGGUGUGUCUGUGCUCUCUUAAAGUGUAGUGCAAAGCCCUGAUCUAGAGGGCUGUUUAGUCUGCGCUGAAGCCAAGGAGGAGACAGGCAGACAACGUAUUCCAGCACUGCGUGUGAUUAUUUAUUAAUGUCAGUCGGGUAGCUUCCCGCUUUGACGUCACUAACCUUCUCCCACAGCGGGGGACCUCUGCUCUGCCUGCUGUGCAGCACAACUAUGUACUAUUUUCACUGAAACUGAGUGAUUUAGCAGCAGCACAUUAAGGCCUCUCCCCUCUCUGCCAGCUCCUCUUUAAUUGGGCUGCUUUGGGUGGUGGCUGGAUGUGGUUCUCUAUGCGGAUGGUAGGUUUCCCUUAGUGUAUUUGAUGUAAUAUGGCAGAGAUUCACCACUGUGGUUAGACAGGGAGGCAUCCUGUGGCUCUCGCUCGUACCUGGUGGCUCUCCUCUGUUUCCUGAUGUGUGGCUAUGGAGACGGGGCUUGUGGCUUGACCUGCACAGCCCCAGAGCCCACGCAGUCACACCACUGAGGAAGAUAGUGGGUGGACUGUGUCUAACAAACACAUUUCUGUUAAUUCUAUAUAUAUUUUUCAUGUUUAACGGACACAUUUGGAAUGAAGUCCAUUGUAAUGUUGUGCUACUAGCUAACCAGGGGAGCACCUUGUCUGGUUUGGUUUAGCUGAGCUCAUGCCCAGGCUGCUGCUGGAGGCACUGAGCUGGAUUCUUCCCAGCCUGCCUACUUUUGCACACAUGACGAAUGAGCACCAUCAUGGCGGGGGAUCAUUUUUCAUAUAGCAAAUUUAGAUUCCUCAGCAGCAGCAGGCUGUUUGUGUGCCUCCUCACUAAUGACCGAGCCAGGGCCUAUUUUUGUCCCUGUAAAACACCCACAGUCACUGACCCUGCUUUUUUUGCGUGAUUUGUCAAAUGGAUGCCCCAAACGUCAAAACUGUGGCUCGGUACAAAGAUUAUUCUUUAUAUGGGACUUGGAAGUCAAUAGAGCAUAGCAUCUACUUGCAGUGAAGGGCUUUAGCAAAUGAUCUUCCCAGUCAGUGUGGUUUUAGACUAAAGGGUUGUUGUGAUGAUUAUCUGGCUGAAUGUUUCUGAUUGAAUGUUUUCAGAUCUUCCAGUACAUUUCCUCCGGUUGUCUUUGUUGUGUUGUUCGGCUGUCUCUCUUGCAUGUCAUUAGUCAUUCAGCAGAGGGGAGGAAGUGCUGACUAGUGCCCCCGCUGAUAUACUUUCAGACUGCUCUGUUCUGGCCCCUGUGGUCUACUCUGCCACGCAUGCGCCCAGAAUGACUCACUGUCUAUUUCGGUGUGGCUUCAGACGCAGUGGCUUUUGCCUCGCAAUCACACCGGCAGCCAGCCACACUUUCACUCUCCAACUCUUUGCAUCGUCAAUUCAGCAGAAGAGCUGUGAAAUCACUUCAGAAAGGGCACCGCACAGAGCCAGUGUUAAAUCUCCAUGUGUUGUGUAAACACAUGUAACUACUAGGCCCAAGGCUAAAAGCUCAGACACAACGGUAGGAUUGUCAAACGUUUGCCUGCCUACAGUACUUAUCACAUCUGAACAGAGUGUUGGCAGUCAAUCUCUUUUGUGUUCACACCGCAAAAACCUUGGAAGUUGUCAGCCUUGUUUAAAAUACUCCAAACCAGAAGGUGGCAGUAGCGUUGGCAAUGCAUAGCCGUGCGCAUUGCUUAUGGUCUAGAUUCCAAGCUAUCUGCGCUAAUGUUGCUAUUUUGUAGAAAGCCCUUGUUGAUACUAGCCAGAUGGCCACAGCUAGAUAACUACCUAGCAAAAUGAAGAAGAAUAAACUAUUUAAUUCACUCUACAUAAUCCCAUACUGACAGUGCUAGCCCAUAGACAAUGGUUUAGCUAGCUAGCUAAUGUUAGCAUAUUCGCUAGCUAGCACAACAGUGCAGUGUCCUUAGCUAGCUAGCUAUCUCGGCAGCUAACACAGGCAGCUGCUUCAUGGAAACUAGCUAAUCCAUUGUGAUUUAAUUACAGUGAGGGAAAAAAGUAUUUGAUCCCCUGCUGAUUUUGUACGUUUGCCCACUGACAAAGACAUGAUCAGUCUAUACUUUUAAUGGUAGGUUUAUUUGAACAGUGAGAGACAGAAUAACAACAAAAAAAUCUAGAAAAACGCAAUUGAUUUGCAUUUUAAUGAGGGAAAUAAGUAUUUGACCCCUCUGCAAAACAUGACUUAGUACUUGGUGGCAAAACCCUUUUUGGCAAUCAGAGGUCAGACGUUUCUUGUAGUUGGCCACCAGGUUUGCACACAUCUCAGGAGGGAUUUUGUUCCAGUCCUCUUUGCAGAUCUUCUCCAAGUCAUUAAGGUUUCGAGGCUGACGUUUGGCAAUUCAAACCUUCAGCUCCCUCCACAGAUUUUCUAUGGGAUUAAGGUCUGGAGACUGGCUAGGCCACUCCAGGACAUUAAUGUGCUUCUUCUUGAGCCACUCCUUUGUUGCCUUGGCCGUGCGUUUUGGGUCAUUGUCAUGCUGGAAUACCCAUCCACGACCCAUUUUCAAUGCCCUGGCUGAGGGAAGGAGGUACUCACCCAAGAUUUGACGGUACAUGGCCCCAUCCAUCGUCCCUUUGAUGCGGUGAAGUUGUCCUGUCCCCUUAGCAGAAAAACACCCCAAGCAUAAUGUUUCCACCUCCAUGUUUGACGGUGGGGAUGGUGUUCUUGGGGUCAUAGGCAGCAUUCCUCCUCCUCCAAACACGGCGAGUUGAGUUGAUGCCAAAGAGCUCGAUUUUGGUCUCAUCUGACCACUACACUUUCACCCAGUUCUCCUCUGAAUCAUUCAGAUGUUCAUUGGCAAACUUCAGACGGGCCUGUAUAUGUGCUUUCUUGAGCAGGGGGACCCUGCGUGCACUGCAGGAUUUCAGUCCUUCACGGCGUAGUGUGUUACCAAUUGUUUUCUUGGUGACUAUGGUACCAGCUGCCUUGAGAUCAUUAACAAGAUCCUCCCGUGUAGUUCUGGGCUGAUUCCUCACCGUUCUCAUGAUCAUUGCAACUCCACAAGGUGAGAUCUUGCAUGGAGCCCCAGGCUGAGGGAGAUUGACAGUUAUUUUGUGUUUCUUCCAUUUGCAAAUAAUCGCACCAACUGUUGUCACCUUCUCACAAAGCUGCUUGGCGAUGGUCUUGUAGCCCAUUCCAGCCAUGUGUAGGUCUACAAUCUUGUCCCUGACAUCCUUGGAGAGCUCUUUGGUCUUGGCCAUGGUGGAGAGUUUGGAAUCUGAUUGAUUGAUUGCUUCUGUGGAAAGGUGUCUUUUAUACAGGUAACAAGCUGAGAUUAGGAGCAUUUCCUUUAAGAGUGUGCUCCUAAUCUCAGCUCGUUACCUGUAUAAAAGACACCUGGGAGCCAGAAAUCUUUCUGAUUGAUAGGGGGUCAAAUACUUAUUUCCCUCAAUAAAAUGCAAAUCAAUUUAUAACAUUUUUGACAUGCGUUUUUCUGGAUUUUUUGUUGUUGUUAUUCUGUCUCUCACUGUUCAAAUAAACCUACCAUUAAAAUUAUAGACUGAUCAUUUCUUUGUCAGUGGGCAAACGUACAAAAUCAGCAGGGGAUCAAAUACUUUUUUCCCUCACUGUAUAAUGUCAAUACUAGCUAGCUACAGUGGUUAGCUAGCUUGGAGGAAGUAUUUGGUGUUGUGUACUUAGCUAGCUACCAUCCCAUAGCCUACAUUGCAUAUGAAGUGUGACUGGCUCAUCUGUGGAUGUACGGAGGUGCACUGACGAGCAUUGCGAUUCUACAAGUAGAAUCAGUAGGUUCGUCGCUACCGUGUCGGCACGCAGCAGGUAUCGCUUUUGUCCUAUCCAGAGAAGGAACGGCCUCCCACUGUGAUAAGUACCUAUCGGCAGUCUAUUGGCAGUGAGAUUCUUGGUGUGUUUCAUGCUUGAGGCGGACAAGUCACCAAAGCAAAGCCUUCCUAGCAGCACUGGAGCAUUUUAAGAUGUGGCCUGUGAAUGGCAGUGAGAUUAAGCUGUUCCCAAUAGGCCUAGUUGUUGCAUGUGAAUGGCUCCCAGAUUAGGCUAUUCCCAGUAGGCCGUGUGAGCCAGUAAAACAACACAAAGAGAGACUAAUGCUAAAUUAAUUUCCUCCCAAACUAUUUUCUCACUGCAAGAGUGGUUAUAUAAAGGAGGAAUGUGAAGACGUAGGCUAAUCUACAAAAAGUGCCGGGUUACAUAAAGGAGAAAGGCAGAGCUACAAGGAUGUGAGGUGAAUUUGGCUGUGUUGAGUAACACAAACAACCUGACCUUUCAGUGCUCUGUCUCUUAUAACUAACCUGUAGCAGGCAGAGUGAGGCAGGCUCAUGGUAGUCUCAACCUAUAGUUCUACCCUGUCGGUUCCAACAGGAAGUCCACCUGCUACAAAGACAGUCAGGUGGUGUAAUAUUGUCUUGUAUGAGAGUUGACCAGUGUUGUUCACCUACAGUGCAUUCGGAAUGUAUUCAGACCCCUUCCCUUUUUCCACAUUUUGAUACGUUACAGCCUUAUUCUAAAAUGUAUUAAAUUAAUCUACACACAAUACCCCUUAAUGACAAAGCGAAAACAGGUUUUUAGAAAUGUUAGCAAAUAAAAUAAAAAACAGAAUUGCCUUAUUUACAUAAGUAUUCAGACCCUUUGCUAUGAGACUCGAAAUUGAGCUCAGGUGCAUCCUGUUUCCAUUGAUCAUCCAUGAGAUGUUUCUACAACUUGAUUGGAGGCCACCUGUGGUAAAUUCAAUUGAUUGGACAUAAUUUGGAAAGGCACACACCUGUCUAUAUAAGGUCCCACAGUUGACAGUGCAUGUCAGAGCAAAAACCAAGCCAUGAGGUCGAAGGAAUUGUCCGUAGAGCUCUGAGAAAAGAUUGUCGAGGCACAGAUCUGGGGAAGAGUACCAAAACAUUUCUGCAGCAUUGAAGGUCCCCAAGAACACAGUGACCUCCAUCAUUCUUAAAUGGAAGAAGUUUGAAACCACCAAGACUCUUCCUAGAGGUGGCCGCCCGGCCAAACUGCGUACUCGGGGGAGAAGGGCCUUGGUCAGGGAAGUGACCAAGAACCUGAUGGUCACUCUGACAGAGCUCCAGAGUUCCUCUGUGGAGAUGGGAGAACCUUCCAGAAGGACAACUAUCUCUGCUGCACUCCACCAAUCAGGCCUUUAUGGUAGUAGCCAGACGGAAGCCACUCCUCAUUUUAAAGGCACAUGACAGCCCACUUGGAGUUUGCCAAAAGGCACCUAAAGGAUUCUCAGACCAUGAGAAACAAGAUUCUCUGGUCUGAUGAAACUAAGAUUGAACUCUUUGGCCUGAAUGCCAAGCGUCACGUCUGGAGGAAACCUGGCACCAUACCUACGGUGAAGCAUAGUGGUGGCAGCAUCAUGCUGUGGAGAUGUCUUUUAGCGGCAGAGACUGGGAGACUAGUCAGGAUCGAGGGAAAAUGAACGGAGCAAAGUACAGAGAGAUCCUUGAUGAAAACCUGCUCCAGAGCGCUGAGGACCUCAGACUGGGGCGACGGUUCCCAUUCCAACAGGACAACGACCCUAAGCACACAGCCAAGACAACGCAGGAGUGGCUUCAGGACAAGUCUCUCAAUGUGCUUGAGUGGCCCAGCCAGAGCCCGGACUUGAACCCGAUCAAACAUCUCUGGAGAGACCUGAAAAUAGCUGCAGAGAAGAAUGGGAGAAACUCCCCAAAUACAGGCGUGCCAAGCUUGUAGCGUCAUACCCAAGAAGACUUGAGGCUGUAAUCGCUGCCAAAGGUGCUUCAACAAAGUCCUGAGUGAAGGGUCUGAACACUCAUGUAAAUGUGAUAUUUCAGUUUUUUGUUUUUAAUAAAUUUGCAAACAUUUCUAAAAACCUGUUUUUGCUUUGUCAUUAUGGGGUAUUGUGUGUAGAUUGAUAAAAAAAUAAAAUCAAUUUUAGAAUAAGGCUGUUACAUAACAAAAUGUGGACAGUCAAGGGGUCUGAAUCCUUUCCGAAUGCACUGUAUGUUGUUGACUAGUGUUUAAACGUGCUGUUCUGUGUCUCUACAGCAGGCCAAUGAAGCCCUCCACCACCAGCACCAGGUGGCCCAGAACAGCCUGCUGCCGCUGCUCAACUCUGGGAACGAGCCUGUGGACCAGAAGCCUGUGAUGCCCAUCCCCCUGGACCAGAAACCCCCCGCCAGCGCAGCCGAGCUUCUCAAAGACAACGUGGCCAGCGGGGCAGGCGGCGGCAGGGGACCCAUGCCUGUGGUGAAGAAGGAGCACAAGAGCAAGACACCCUUCAUCUGCGGCUACUGCAACAAGGCCUUCCGUGACAGCUACCACCUGCGGCGCCAUGAGUCCUGCCACACGGGCAUCAAGAUGGUGUCACGGCCCAAGAAGACGGCCCAGACAGCCCCCACCAUGGUGCCCUUCAUCUCCAGCCUGCCCAGGGAGAACAGCGGGCAGCCCUCCUACAUCUCCACCAUAGCAGGCAUCCUCACCACUGCCACCACCUCUGUGUCCUCAGCCUCCAGCAUCAUGUCUCCAGCCUCUAUGAUCAAUGUGCCCCAGCAGAGCCAGCCCAAGAAGCCUGCCAAGCCUGUGAAGAAGAACCAUGGCUGUGAGAUGUGUGGCAAGGCCUUCCGAGACGUCUACCACCUGAACCGUCACAAGCUGUCCCACUCGGACGAGAAGCCCUUCCAGUGCCCCAUCUGCCAGCAGCGCUUCAAGAGGAAGGACCGCAUGACCUACCACGUGCGCUCUCACGACGGUGGAGUCCACAAGCCCUACGUCUGCUCCGUGUGUGGGAAAGGCUUCUCCAGGUAGGCUCCAGGCCCAGCCAUGCACCUUCACUAACCCUGGCUAGCUGUUUUACAUUUCAAAUAAAAGUGCUUGCUAUUUAUUGCAAACUCAUUUGAACUCAAACAUCAACCAGUUUUGAUCCUGUUAAUACAUGGUGAUUAGUCUACAAUUUCUAUAUGGUGUUAGAUGAGCACUUAUAGAGAUGCACUGAGAUAGAGUACAGUGGGGAAAAAAAGUAUUUAGUCAGCCACCAAUUGUGCAAGUUCUCCUUUUACACUUACAAAGAUGAGAGAGGCCUGUAAUUUUCAUCAUAGGUACACGUCAACUAUGACAGACAAAUUUCAGACAGGAUUUUUAAUGAAUUUAUUUGCAAAUUAUGGUGGAAAACAAGAUUUCUGGCUCUCACAGACCUGUAACUUCUUCUUUGAGAGGCUCCUCUGUCCUCCACUCGUUACCUGUAUUAAUGGCACCUGUUUGAACUUGUUAUCAGUAUAAAAGACACCUGUCCACAACCUCAAACAGUCACACUCCAAACUCCACUAUGGCCAAGACCAAAGAGCUGUCAAAGGACACCAGAAACAAAAUUGUAGACCUGCACCAGGCUGGGAAGACUGAAUCUGCAAUAGGUAAGCAGCUUGGUUUGAAGAAAUCAACUGUGGGAGCAAUUAUUAGGAAAUGGAAGACAUACAAGACCACUGAUAAUCUCCCUCGAUCUGGGGCUCCACGCAACAUCUCACUCCGUGGGGUCAAAAUGAUCACAAGAACGGUGAGCAAAAAUCCCAGAACUACACGGGGGGACCUAGUGAAUGACCUGCAGAGAGCUGGGACCAAAGUAACAAAGCCUACCAUCAGUAACACACUACGCCGCCAGGGACUCCAAUCCUGCAGUACCAGACGUGUCCCCCUGCUUAAGCCAGUACAUGUCCAGGCACGUCUGAAGUUUGCUAGAGUGCAUUUGGAUGAUCCAGAAGAGGAUUGGGAGAAUGUCAUAUGGUCAGAUGAAACCAAAAUAGAACUUUUUGGUAAAAACUCAACUUGUCGUGUUUGGAGGACAAAGAAUGCUGAGUUGCAUCCAAAUAACACCAUACCUGCUGUGAAGCAUGGGGGUGGAAACAUCAUGCUUUGGGGCUGUUUUUCUGCAAAGGGACCAGGACGACUGAUCCGUGUAAAGAAAAGAAUGAAUGGGGCCAUGUAUCGUGAGAUUUUGAGUGAAAACCUCCUUCCAUCAGCAAGGGCAUUGAAGAUGAAAUGUGGCUGGGUCUUUCAGCAUGACAAUGAUCCCAAACACACCGCCCGGGCAACGAAGGAGUGGCUUCGUAAGAAGCAUUUCAAGGUCCUGGAGUGGCCUAGCCAGUCUCCAGAUCUCAACCCCAUAGAAAAUCUUUGGAGGGAGUUGAAAGUCCGUGUUGCCCAGCGACAGCCCCAAAACAUCACUGCUCUAGAGGAGAUCUGCAUGGAGGAAUGGGCCAAAAUACCAGCAACAGUGUGUGAAAACCUUGUGAAGACUUACAGAAAACGUUUGACCUGUGUCAUUGCCAACAAAGGGUAUAUAACAAAGUAUUGAGAAACUUUUGUUAUUGACCAAAUACUUAUUUUCCACCAUAAUUUGCAAAUAAAUUCAUUAAAAAUCCUACAAUGUGAUUUUCUGGAAUUUUUUUUCUCAUUUUGUCUGUCAUAGUUGACGUGUACCUAUGAUGAAAAUUACAGGCCUCUCUCAUCUUUUUAAGUGGGAGAACUUGCACAAUUGGUGGCUGACUAAAUACUUUUUUCCCCCACUGUAUAUGACCAUCUGUUGUUCAAUGUGACAUUCUACAUGUCCCAUUGGCUGCUGCCCUCAGGCUCACGGAUUUAUAGUAGUGUUGAAUAGUCUUGACUCAGUGCCUUUGUGGUCCCCAGCAUGUUUAAACAGUCUCGCUUUUAGAGAGCAGUUCAUCUUCAGUGUCCCAGAGUUCCCUCUUGCGGGAACAGGGAGAGGAGUAGGGAGGGGGGAGGCUGUGGUUCCUGCCAGCUUGUCACUGCUUCCCCUUCCCCAGGGAAUGCCAUUAGAACAGGCCUGGGAGGGAGGCAGCAGCCUGGGAUUUCCUCUUACUCACACCUAGUUUUCCCACUCUGCUUCUGUGCUGCUACUUACAGGGUCCUGUUUGUUUAAAGUCUGAGCCACCUGGAAUGACUGAGCAUUCCUGUCUUUCCAGGCAGAGCCAACAGUGGCCUUGUAAGAUGGCCUCUUUCAACAUUUACGGCAACAUCCACUCACUACUUCCAGCUAUGCGUCACUAGUAAUCUGUGCAAUUCAUUGGCAUGAGUAAUGGCAAGAUUACAAAUAACCAUUUAAAACCCUUCCAAUAAGCAAAGGGCUCUUACAGCUUGUUAGUUGUUCAAAUAAGAGCAGAAGCUUGGUGUGAGUGAAUAUUCCAGUGGCUCAAACUGAUGUAAACAUUAUGCUCUCUGUCCAAACUAUAAUCUCAGAGCUGGGCAAUUAAGGGCAGAACCCGGCUUUGUUCCAACACAGUGACGCAGAGGUUUAUCGGGACAUUGUAAAGUGAGAGGCCGGCUUGCAGAAUAACGCAACUCUGAGUCACUGCCAAGUCUGCAGGCACUCUCUCUGUCUGUCUGGAAGCUGCUGUCCUCCUCAGUUAACAGUGAAACGAGGAGAAGAACAGCCAUUCCGGUUCACAGCACACCUGAAAAUAUUAUAAUUGACUCCUCUCCUUUGUAACAAAACCACUACCAGUGUGAAACUGUUUUGCUCUGGCCAAGCUGCCCGUGUUAGUUCUUCACACCAUCACCAGUGAUGAAAUGAUUUAGCUCCCAGCCUGUCUGCUGUAGUCCAGGUUUUCAGUCGAACUAACUAAUGGUACCUCUGGGAGCUGCGAUGAGUGGACUGUGUGAACAUUUGAGUCUCACUGGAAAAGGUCUAAAGUACAGUGUGUGUUGUGUGUCCAUUAAUAUUCUACAGCAAGAUUGUAACUUUUCUUCUCUUCUCUCCUCCAGACCAGACCACUUGAGCUGCCACGUGAAGCAUGUCCACUCCUCAGAAAGACCGUUCAAAUGCCAAGUAACGGUAAGAGAGAUAGAACUGUACUGUGUGGCCUCAUUAGGGCCACUUGUCAGCAGCUCAUUAUUGACAACUUGAGCUGCAUGUCUGUCGGCUAGCAUAAAUUCUCCCACUUUGCACUUUCCUUUCUGCCGUCUCGGACAGUAAUUGUUAGUUUCCUAUGCUAGACUAGUGUCUUUUUAAAAUGAGCCCAUUAGUCAUAGCGUUGUAAUGGCAGUCUGUCCACGACACCACACUCCAGUAUGCCCUGUGGCCCCAGUAGAGAUUUAUGAUGAUCUAUAAGCCUUUAAAGUUGGACAUGUUCCAUCCAGGCUGCACUUGGCACCGAGCUGGAGCACAAAGCUGGGUGGCCCUAUGAAUAGUAGUGUGCCUCUGGCCUUCUGACCCUGUCCUGUCCUCUCCAGGCCUGUACUUCUGCCUUCGCCACCAAAGACAGACUGCGCUCCCACAUGAUCCGGCAUGAAGGAAAGGUCACCUGCAACAUCUGCGGCAAGAUGCUGAGCGCAGCCUACAUCACCAGCCAUCUAAAGACACACGGCCAGACCAACUUUAACUCCUGUAACAAAGGUACGUCAGUCCUAUCUCACCAACCACUGCCUCCCUCUCAACUUAAAUGAAAUCUUGUCAGGUUUGACAUUCCUAAUUUAAAAAGUCAGAAACCAGUUUAAAAUGACAACUUUUGAAACCCUUUUAAGUAAGUAAUCUUAAUUUGUUUGUACACACUUUGAACGUUCACACACCUCAACCCAUAGCUGACAUUUUCCUAGAAAUUGUAUUUUACUCCAUACCAAGACAGUGUGCCAGAGGCCAGUGUCUGGGAUAACCUCACAUGACAGUGAAAAUAUCAUUUGAUUGAUUGAUGCCGACUUUAUCCUUAGGCAGGUUUCAUUCUCUGUGUAGUUAUAGUAGCGCUACAGGACAUGGAAAGUCCCACCGUACAUUGUCCAUGAUAGGCAUUACCAUGUAAUCUUCGCUGGUUACAUUUUGCCCCAAUUCCCUCGAGUACCAUUCUGUUUUUAAACAUGAAUUGGAUGUUAGUCUGUUGAGUGGAGGGAUGUAUAUGCUGUGCUAUGUGAUUUUUUUUGUGGGUCUUCUGCUUGUGGUAUGUAAUCUGAUGACAUGUAUUCUCGUUGACAAGUGAAUGGCCUGUGGCAGAAAUCUGUUGUCAUGUUCUAAAUUUGAAGCGCUUUCAGCAAUUGGCUCGUGUUUGAGGGAAGUGUAACAUGCACAAUGAUAUCUGAUCCAACCACAGCAAACUUACAGCUUCUCCACUCAAUUGAUUUGUGCAGCUUGCAUGAUAACCCCACCCCCCUCUUCUAAUUUUCUCAGAGUAUUGCUCUUCCAUUAGUCUUUCUCAUUAGUGUUAUUGAUAUAUAUUUGUUGGUAUGGACUCGAGAUUACUUUGUAUUACUGCUCAGUAAAUAAUUCAGAAAAAUCACUGGCACCGUAACCGUUUAAAUAUACUACAAGUGUAUAAUACGUAACAUGGCUGUCAAGUACAGCCCAAUAACUGGUUUCUUCCUCAGUCUUCGUGCUAUUACUGUGUCUGUUUUUCCUGUUUUGUUUAUUCAUCUGUGAAUUUCCAUUUGUGAAAGUGCUGUAUUUAAGUUUUGGUGAUUCAGGCCUUAGUCAACGUGUUUGUUUGUGAUUUUCCUGUGGAACGUGUACACCCUGUUCAUCUCUUCCCAUCCGGAGAACACUGCAUCAUAACGCAUUACACAUGGAUCACUGCUCAGAGGUGUAGUCAAUAACAAAGUAUAGCCUAGCUCAGGCCACCUAAUCAACAUUUCUAAGAUUCCUCUUUCAGUUACACAUAGACAGUAGAAGCAACAAGGGAAAGACGUUCACUGCUAUGUUGUGUAUUCACUCCGCAUUAGCUGCCACCUGAAUGAGCACUGCCACCCUUCUCCCAAGGGUCCACAGCACAAGGCAGCCAUACAGCACAGAGAACACUACAAAUAGGAUAUUAUUUGUCACCACAGUAAGCGUAUGGCCCGUUCCCUCCUCCCCCUGGGGACUAGCAAGCCAGGGUGUGUGUACCCACCUUGCCCACCUGAAGUGGGGCCUGUAGAGUGCACUGAGAGAGAUGCAGACAGUCCAUUAUAACCCCUGUGUGUCUAUAUUUCUGAAUAGGGGACUGGCAGUGGAACUCCUCAGGGGGACGAAAAGGUAAUGACAACGUAGCAUCGCGUGAACCUAACCCCAACCCCCCUGCCCGCCCCCCAAGAAUACACAGUCACAUCACACACAUACACAAGUAAAAGGCAAGGAUAAAUACAAGACUUUAGGCCUUUGGUAAACUCAGGCCAGUGUGUCACUUCAUUUCCAAACAUUGCAUCAUCAUUGCAUCCCUGGAAAUGUUGUCUUGGAGAUUUCUGUGUUCUCAUUUUUAAACUGUUGUACUAUACUAUGUACAGCAAGAAUGACCACUAGAGUGUUUUGUACUGUUUUGCCUAUACAUAAUUACCUGCUUCGGUAUUCAUGUUUUAGAAGAGCAUGUAUUUGCCGCAUUUAAAAUGGGAAAUGGUUGUUAAUAUAAAGGUUAAUAUAGUUCAGUCAGUGUGCUGCAGAUGAGUCAAGGCAGUAGCAGUAAAGAUGGAGAGGAAUGCUGACUGCAUAUACUGCAAAAAUUAUCUCUGGACUAUUUCGCAUACAUUUGAGUGUGGAGAUAUUUUUUUGCAGUGUAUGGACAGCAUUCCUCCCUCUGCUUAAUGAUGGAGAAUAACCAGUAACUAUCAGUGUGUACAUGUAUUUGUUUGAUUGGUUUAGCAGUGAAGGAAGGGACACCAUCUUUAACACUAUCCUCUAUCCCCUGUUCUCUAGAUAGUAAUGACAUUCACAACUCUGCCUCAGCCACACCUGUAACAGCCUCUGCCCCCAUCACCACCACGAUGAACCGGGGCAACUCCAUCAACAACCCUGUCACCAUAGCGGCGCAAAUGAACAUUUCCACCAAUACGGUUAACGUCAGCCUCCAGCACCCAGUCACCAUCACUGGGCCCGUCAACAUCGCCUCGGUCAACAUCCCUACCACGGCACACAUGAAUAUCGCCCACCCUCUGGCCAUCAGCACCCCCAUGUCCAUGACAAUGUCCGGGCCGCUCAACAUCGCCAUGAGGUCCAUGGAGAGUAUGUCUUUUCUGUCCCAAGUCCUGCCUUCGUCCCCACCCUGGUAA